UUCACUGUGGCAUCGUUUCGAUAAGCUUCUGCAAUGUCCCGAAUGUCCAUUUUCCCAUCCAGAGUUGCAUACAUUUUUCUCCAAGAUCUUGUAUUGAUGAUGGGAAAGUCUGACCGCUGUGCAAAAUCUUCUCCAGCACAUCCCAAAGAUUGAAAAUGAUGUCUCAUGCUCCCUGAACCACUCUUUCACAAUCCUGGCAUUGUCAUCUUGUAAUAUGCCCGUGCCAUCAGGGAAGAAAGAACCCUUUGAUGGAAUAACCUGGUCAUUUAGUAUAUUCAGGUAGUCAGCUGACUUCAUUCUUUGGGCACAUAACGUUGCUGAACCUAGACCUCCAAUCCGAUGGGAGGCUCUUACCUGUUUGCUUAGUUAAAUCCAGGUGGUGACUUUUUUUUUGGACGGGCAGUCUAUGUUAACUACACCUAUAUAAACUUCUAGUUGAAUUACGUUGUGCUGAUCUUAGUGGCCUUACUUAAACAAUUACAGACUUACUUUUAAAUGUUUGCUGUAGGGUACAUUUUUCAGAUAUUUGAUUAACACAAGUCUGUCUGUGUAUAUUUUAUAGGCAUGCUUUUUGGAUUCUUUGUACCGCGUUUCAUCCUCAUCUUAGGUCUCUCAGUCCUUUUAUCUCCCCUCUGUCCUUCACAAAAUGUGGUGAAGGGGGUAGAGUCUGUCGUGGAGGGGCGUGGCUUUUCAGUGAUCUGGAAUAUGCCUACAGCUCGGUGCCAGAGGCGGUAUGGGGUCUCUCUGCCACUGCGCCAAUACAACAUCAUACAUAACUCCGAGCAGAGAUUUCUAGGUCCCAAUAUCAGCAUAUUCUAUCAGCGCCGUCUGGGUCUCUACCCCUACAUCAACCGUAAGGGUUCAAAGAUUAAUGGUGGUCUACCUCAACAAGGAUACCUAAAAUCUCAUCUUUCACUGGCCGAGGUGCAGAUCAGUGACAUCUUCAGAGGUACAUUCUGUGGGUUAGCUGUGCUGGAUUGGGAAGCGUGGCAACCUGUAUGGAUAUGGAACUUCGGAAGCAGAAUGAUAUAUCGAAGACUUUCCAAGGAGCUCGUCAGGUGGAAACAUCCAGAGUUGUUGGAAGAGGAAGUGAUGUCAGAGGCAAAGGCAGAAUUUGAAUUAGCAGCAACAACAUUUAUGUCAAAGACUCUGCGUCUUGGAGUCCACCUCUGCCCAAAAGGAUUAUGGGGGUUUUAUGGGUUUCCUACUUGCUACAACAACCAUGCUCAAGGAGAGAGCGGCUACACGGGUCAGUGCCACAAUGGUACUGAGAAGUUGAAUGACAGACUGGCGUUACUAUGGCAACAGUCCACCGCCCUGUAUCCAAGCAUUUAUUUGUGGCAUAAGUUAGCUGGACACAAACACGCUCAACUCAUGGUGAGACACCGUGUACUAGAGGCCCUUCGUGUGGCAUCCCACCAUUCACCUGGCAGUAAAGCACCCCCUGUUUUCCCGUAUGCCAGAGUGGCGUUCACACACACCUUAACGUUCCUGAAUCAGAUGGAUUUGGAGCACACUCUAGGUGAGAGCGCUGCUUUAGGCGCAGCUGGAGUUGUGUUAUGGGGUGAGCUGAGUUUUGCAAAGUCAAAGUGGCAAUGCACUCUUCUGCAAGAGUACCUACACUCAGUAUUAGGAGAGUAUGUUGCCGCCCUGCAGGCUGGUGUGAUGAACUGCAACAAGAGACUGUGUAAUGGCCAAGGGCGCUGUGCUCGAAAGGAUGCUCACUCGGGUUACAUGAUCCCUCUUCAUGACAAUUACAAAGCUGAUGCUCUUAGUGACAUGAGAACAAAGUUCAAGUGUGUGUGUUAUGAAGGAUGGAGUGGGCAGCAGUGUGAAAAACAAGAAUGGGCAAAUGAAUCAGUGUGAAUCCCAAUUCGCAA